AUGACAGUGGAAACAUACAAAUGCUUGGACUGGGAGUUUAAUUUCUCAGGUCAAGCUCAAGAUGUUAUCAGUUUGCAAAAGUCCCCUGGAAAUAAGGCCCAUAAUACCUUCACAAGUGGAAUGAGCUUCCUUUGCAGCGAAGAGCUCAUUAGGCACCAAAGAAUCCAUACAGGAGAGAAAAUGCAUAGCUGCUCAGUCAAAAAUGAAAAUAAUUUCUCUGAUAGGCAGACACAUCAAUGUGGACAGAGAUUCCACAGCAGUAUUGAUUUUCAACAGCAUCUACAAACCCACACACUGAAGAAACCUUUUGAGUGUUUGGAUGGCCAUCUUCAUGUGCAUCAAAGAAUUCACACAGGAGAUAAACCUUUUGAAUGUUUGGAGUGUGGAAAGCGAUUCAGUCACAGUGGCAAUUUACAUGUACAUGAAAGAAACCACACAGGAGAGAAACCUUUUGAGUGCUCAGAGUGUGGAAAGAAAUUCAGUAGCAGUGGAAAACUUCAGAAGCAUUUUAGAACUCACACAGGAGAGAAACCUUUUGAGUGCUUAGAGUGCGGAAAGAGAUUCAGUCAAAGUGGCAGUCUUGAUCUACAUCAAAGAACCCACAUAGGAGUGAAACCUUUUGAGUGCUCAGAGUGUGGAAAAAGAUUCAGAAGCAGUGGAGAACUUCAAAGGCAUUUAAGAACGCACACAGGAGAGAAACCUUUUGAGUGCUCAGAGUGUGGAAAGAAAUUCAGCCGCAGUGGCCACCUUCGUGUGCAUCAAAGAAUCCAUACAGGAGAGAAACCUUUUGAGUGUUCAGAGUGUGGAAAGAAAUUCAGUCGCAGUGGAGACCUUCAAAAGCAUUUAACAACCCACACAGGAGAGAAACCUUUUCAGUGCUCCGAGUGUGGAAAGAGAUUCAGUCGGAGUGGCAGUCUUCAUCUACAUCAAAGAACCCACACAGGAGAGAAACCUUUUGAGUGCUCCGAGUGUGGAAAGAGAUUCCGUCAUAGUUGCAGUCUUCAUCUACAUCAAAGAAUUCACACAGGAGAGAAACCUUUUGAGUGCUCUGAGUGCGGAAAGAGGUUCAAUCACAGUGGCAAUCUACAUCUACAUCAAAGGACCCACAAACGAGAGGAACCUUUUGAUUUCUCCCCUGACAUAUGUAAUCAAUCUGUCCUUGUUUUUGGGUGUCUUCCUGUGGGUUGAAAGAGGCAGUACCAAGGCUACUCUUGAAUAAGUCAUCUUGGGAUCCAUUCACAGUGUCCAACUAUUCAUUCCUGCAGAAGGUAGUUGAGAGAACAGCUGUGCCGUAUCAGCCAGUGCUCCCUGGAGGAUACUAAUAUACUGAAACCACUCUACCUAAGCUUCCAUCCUGCCUUUGGUAGAAUUCACAGCCCACCUCUGCCAACCAGUGGUUGGUCAAUUCUGCUGUUGUUGCUUGACCUGAUAGCACCAUUUGAUACCCUCAAAAACAGUCUAUUGGCUCACUGCCUUGCAAACGCUGUGAUACAGCCCUACAAUGGCUGAUCUCAUUUCUCUAGGGCCAGGGCCAGAAGAUGAUGCUAGGGGAGAGCACAUCAUCACAAUAUCCCUUGGUGUGUAGCAUCCCACAAGGAAACAAUCCUCUCCUUGAUACUGUUUAACAUUUACCAUUAUGCUAAUGACACCCAGCUGUAUCUGUUAAUGAGUGGCUGGACAGACACUACCCUGGAUGCUUAGGCCAAUUGUCUGGAGGGCACAUUGAAGUGGUUGAAACAGAACCAGCUGAAACUAAAUCCAUUGAAAAUUGACAUCCUAUGGCUGGGUCAGGGAGACUGGGGUGGGGGGAAGAGGGGUCACCUGCUCACGCUUGCUGGGGUUCAGCCAACACCUUCGCCUGCUGUCAAGAGUUUGGGUGCAAUACUUGAUGCACUCUUCUCUAUAGAUGCUCACAAAUGUUGCUAGACUUCUGUUCUGUCAUCUAAGCCAGGCCAGGUUACUAACCCUACUUUGUUGCACCCUAACCUAGCUACAGUGAUCCAUGCAGUGGUCACCUCUAAACUAGAUUAUUGUAACUUGCUCUACACUGGGCUACCUUUGAGACUGACCCAGAAACUCCAAGUGGUUCAGAAUGCAUCUGGAUGGCUCCUUGCUAGAACACUGUGGCAGGAGCACAUCCAACUAGUGCUGCAUCAGCUGCAUUGUUUACCAGUGGAUUCCAGUGUCAGGUUCAAGGUUCUGUGAGGCACUGUCAUGCAGCAAGGUCAAUGGCUGAUGGGGCACGGGAUAGUAUGUCACCAGAGGUGGGGCUGCCAUUGGCUUGUUGGCUGUCAGUUGGGCCCUACUGGAUCCCUGACUGGCCUUUUCACCCAUGGGCCCAUGGACUGAAUUCAGAUUAGCCUGUACACUCCAACGCAUGCCAGCUGGGUGACCUUGGGCUAGUAGUCACAGCUCUUUGGAGCUCUCUCAGCUCCACCUACCUCACAUGCUGUUUGUUGUGAGGGGGAAGGGAAAGGAGUUUGUAAGCCCCUUUGAGUCUCCUACAGGAGAGAAAGGGGGGAUAUAAAUCCAACUCUUCUUCUUCCUCGUGGGUCAGGAAGGCAAGGAGCAGGCAUGGCUAUUCUGUGCUGGAAAGGGUUAUGAAAAACAUGUCUGAAAUGAUUGAAAUACUUGGUAAUGGGUUUCAAUCUACAACCAGAGCAAUGCAUGAGCUACAAGAUGAACAAUCAUCCCUAGGUGAUAUGGUCUGCAAAAUCAGAGAUGAGAGUGGAAAUAUGCCCACUGAAAUAGAAAAGAUUAGAGCUGCAGUACAGGUGUUUCAUGCAGUUGACCAUGGUAAAUGUUGGGAUGAAAUGUUAGUAGAAUUGUUGCCUGAUAUGUCCCAGUUAAACUCACUAUUUGCUUUUUGUUCCAGAUACCAUAUAUACUUGCGUAUAAGCCUACUUUUUCAGCACAUUUUUUGUGCUGAAAAUAGCCCCCCUCAACUUAUAUGCAAAUGAAUGGAUGGCAAGCAGGUGGGGGAACAGGUGGCAAGCAAAAAAAGGCUGGGAGCUGAGGGUGUUUUUCUGCACGUGCUCCCUGCUAUGUGGACACAAAGGCAGCUCCCAGGUAAGCCUUGGGCUGUUGCUUCGCUGCACUACAGGUGGCCAGUAGCUUCAUUCACAGUGAAUAUUCAGUGAAUAGGUGUGAAUAUUAAAUGUAUAUGUUACAGAAUUUUUGUUCAGGCCAGGAAGCUCCAUGAAUGCUAGGGAGCCAUACUCUGCACCAUUGGGGCUCAUGGUGGCAGGAAUACUCCCAACACACAGGGUGCCCUGGGGUGCAGCCACUGCCAGCACCUUUCUCGGCCCCCACCCAGUGUUUUUGGAAAGCAGGUGGGACUUCUGUCCAGCUGAGCUUGCAGACCUGCAAAAAAGAUUUGCU